CCCACAGUACCUGUUUUAACGUGGGGGACGUUGACCGUUAUUUUCCUUCUAGUUUCAGAGCCCACCAUGAAGAGACUCCUGGUGCUUUGUGACUGCCUCUGGGCCUGGAGCCUCCUUCUGAAUGCACUGACUGAAAGAAGCUAUGGACAAACCUCAUCACAAGAUGAACUGAAGGACAAUACCACGGUAUUUACCAGAAUAUUGGAUCGUCUGCUGGAUGGUUAUGAUAACCGCUUGAGACCAGGACUGGGAGAGCGUGUAACUGAAGUGAAGACUGACAUCUUUGUCACCAGUUUUGGGCCUGUUUCAGACCAUGAUAUGGAAUACACUAUAGAUGUAUUUUUCCGCCAAAGCUGGAAAGAUGAGAGAUUAAAGUUCAAAGGCCCUAUGACUGUUCUCCGGUUAAAUAAUUUAAUGGCCAGCAAAAUUUGGACACCUGAUACAUUUUUCCACAAUGGAAAGAAGUCAGUAGCUCAUAACAUGACGAUGCCAAAUAAACUGUUACGAAUUACAGAGGAUGGGACUUUGCUCUACACAAUGAGAUUGACUGUGCGAGCAGAAUGUCCAAUGCAUUUAGAAGACUUUCCUAUGGAUGUACAUGCUUGCCCCUUGAAAUUUGGAAGCUAUGCUUAUACCAGAGCAGAAGUUGUGUAUGAAUGGACACGGGAACCAGCAAGGUCAGUGGUUGUGGCUGAAGAUGGCUCUCGAUUGAACCAGUAUGAUCUGCUUGGACAAACUGUGGACUCUGGAAUUGUUCAGUCCAGUACAGGAGAAUAUGUUGUUAUGACUACACAUUUUCAUUUGAAGAGAAAGAUUGGUUACUUUGUGAUCCAGACUUACCUGCCAUGCAUCAUGACAGUGAUACUGUCACAGGUGUCCUUCUGGCUUAAUAGAGAAUCUGUUCCAGCAAGAACUGUAUUUGGAGUGACAACCGUCCUGACAAUGACUACUCUGAGCAUCAGUGCAAGGAAUUCUCUCCCCAAGGUGGCCUAUGCUACUGCUAUGGAUUGGUUUAUAGCAGUGUGCUAUGCCUUUGUGUUUUCUGCACUCAUCGAAUUUGCAACAGUGAAUUACUUCACAAAGAGAGGCUACGCAUGGGAUGGCAAAAGCGUUGUUCCCGAAAAGCCAAAGAAAGUGAAGGAUCCUCUCAUUAAGAAAAAUAACACGUACACAGCUGCAGCUACGAGCUACACCCCUAACAUUGCAAGGGACCCUGGGCUGGCAACCAUUGCUAAAAGUGCAACAAUUGAGCCCAAAGAAGUUAAGCCAGAAACAAAACCUGCAGAACCCAAGAAAACUUUUAACAGCGUCAGUAAAAUUGAUCGACUAUCAAGAAUAGCCUUCCCACUGCUUUUUGGAAUCUUUAACUUAGUCUAUUGGGCUACCUAUUUAAACCGGGAGCCCCAGUUGAAAGCUCCAACUCCACAUCAAUAACCUCAUUUAUUUGUAUAGUUCUGUUUUGUCUUUUGCUUUGGGAAUUGCUUCCUGUUUUCACAUACAAUGAUUCCCAUUUGCUUCAUUGCCUCUGUCUUAAAGAGAAUAAAGGCUUAUUUAUUUUAACAAAAGGUAAAAUAUAUCUAUGUAUUUAAAAAACUGUGUGAGGGAGAGAACAAUAUAAAUUGUAUACUUUGGAGAAGUGUUUCUGAAAAUGGGAGAGUUGUGGAGUAAUGGGUGGGGGGAGAAAUAAAGGCAACCCUUUGUAGAUAGCUCAGUACUGAACGUCCACAAAAGGUAUGUAUAUGUACAUGAAAAAGAUAUUUUUAUCCAAACAAUUGCGGGGAGUGGGGAAACAUCCUUUAUGUCCUUACUGAUGCACAUACUAUACCAUACAAUUUAUUAAACCACUGUUUAUAAUAUUUUCAAGGAUGCAAAGCUUUCCAUUUGCUGAAUCCCAUAAAGUGUGUUAUUUUCCUAAUCCCUUUUCUCUUCUAUAUUCCAAACCAUCUGACUUAUAAUAUUAAAUGGUCUUUAAAGGAAAAAGGAGAUCAUCUCACUCUAGGUACGGUUUGUCACUGUAUAGCACAUAAGAGCUAAUGGUAACCAAUGCUUUAGUCUGCUGUCUUACUGCAGUCUUGUUCUAAGCAUUAAGUUGUCACUAGACUAGGUUUAAAACCAAUUGCACAACCAAGUGCACAUCGCAACUUCCCUCUAUCACCUGUGUAAUCCAAACCACUCCUGGAUGCUUUUAAAGAUAGCUUUUACUCAUCACUAUGUUUUAGAGUUAAAAAACCCCAACAAACCAACAAUUUUUGCAAGCUCUAGAUAUGUUGAAUGUAUUCUUUUAUAAAAUGAUACAUGAAAAAGAAGCUUUAGAUUGAGAUUUAUGGAUAGCAGAAAGACAAAAUAUAGUAUUUAAAUAACAUAUGUAAAUAUGCAGCAUGAGAUUGUACAUUUUUUACUUUUUUAAAGUUGUGUUCUUAAACCAUUGUGUAGGAUUCACCUCUUAGCUCUUAAUAUGUUGUUAAAUGCUCAAUAAAACAUAUUUAGA